CUGCGUCCUGCAGAUUUCUCUGUCCUGAUUCCUUCAACAACACGGGGCCUGGAGAAUUAAAAAGGCCAGAUCCACCUGUAGUUGCGCCCUAUAUAUUACGUGCUUACUUUAAUCCCGACCUGCUCGCGACACCGGCUCACAUCGGAAAUACGAGCACAACGCCAGCACCACUAUGAGCGCCCAGUCUGGCGAGUCCUCGCGCGAGGGCUCCAUUGUGCAGCCACGGCGGCAUAUCGUGAAGGCAUGCGAGGGCUGCAGACAGCAGAAGAUCAAAUGCAACGGAGAGUCGCCGUGUGAGCGAUGCGCCCGGCUGUCGCUGCCGUGCUCAGUGCGGACAGUCGCGCGCCAGCGUCGAAAGCUGACGCCGACCAAGACGCCGCAGAGGAAGGGUGGCCAUGAGAGUUCAGAGCUGCUGCAGAUGGCGCUGAGGCCGGUCAGGGUUACGAACGAGGCGACGGGCAAGUCUGCUAUAUACGGACCAACGUCUACUGUGGCGCUGCUCCAUCUGCUGGCUUCCCACAAGCACGAUUACCCUUUACAAAUUAAGAACUAUGGGGCCUCUGUGGACACUGCUCUCCCGGCUGACGGUUUCAACUUCAAUCGCCUAGUUGUUGAGCCGUACAAUGUUCCGCCGACACUUGGGCUCUCCCUGACACCACCACUUUGCCUCACCACCAUCCCAAAUCAGGUCCUUCAGUUUUUUCUCAACAGAUAUGUCGGUACCGCGUGGGCCAUCCUGCCUAUGCAGUCACCAUCCCAGUUGGGUUCGCUGUUCUCAUCGGCGUAUACAGCAUUCAGCCACAAUAGCCCGCCGCCCCCGUUAUACCCGCUUCUACUAUACCAACUCGCAAUGGGAUCACUGUCUACGAUGCAGGGAGACCUAGCCGAUAUCCUAGCUCAAGAGAGUGAUCUUUUCAUAUCGGCUGGUGUCCAUCUCCCAGACGCUCUAGACCUUCAAUUAAGUAUUAUCAUGCUUCAGUACUGCAAUGAGAUAGGCAACUUCGACAAGGCAUAUUCCAUGCUCGGUCAGAUAGCAACGAAGGUCUUUUCAGGGGGCUUUCAUCUCGAACCUCGCUCUCCAGAGAUAACAACCCUACUCCACAUUCUCCUCCGAUCAGAGAGUCUCGUCUGCAUCGCGGUCGGUCGACCACCAUUACUCGGUCCCAGCAUCCAAAUAUCCGACGACAACGAAGGCGCCGACGGGAAAUUCUUCUCUGGCCUGUUCCGCAUCAUCACAACCAUCUUAUGCACACAACGAAACCCAACCAUGGACUUUGACGAGCUCUGGCAGUCAAUAUGGACGACGCAUAAUCAACUACGAUCAUACUGGCAGGAGCACGAGCCGAUCCUGCGCUUCGCCCAUGGAGAUCCCCGUCGGCCGUGGGACGUGGACGAGGCGUUGGCGCUUAAUGGCAAUUUAUACGAAUAUGCCACCUUGACGAACUUCAAGCCCAUUCUUCUUUACAUCGGGCAUAAGAGCUCUUCACGGGAGAAAGAGGGCGGAGAGACAUCACAGCUGGCUAUUUCCAGAAGAUCGCCACUAUCUAGGAUAACGAAGAACGAUGAGAACGUCGCAACGGCCUGCGAGCAUAUCAUCACCUCCGCAAAGACGAUAAUCGCCAAUAUCGCAGAAGUCCGGCAGCGCGGGUCCGUUGCAAAGGAUUUGCCGAUGAACUCAUUCUUCCUCGAAACGGCAUGCACGUCGUUGAUUGCAUACGGAGUCUGGCACGACAACCCGACUGCAGUGUGGGACAGUAUAGAGCUCGGGGUGCGGUGCAUGGAGGACUUGCAGUACCAGAAGGCGUCGGCCCAGAGACUUCAGUCAGUCAGGACUGCGAUAGAGCGAUCCGGCCUGAGGCAGUGGUGACGAAUAUACCUGUAUUCUCGUAGACCAAUGAAACAAUCAGUGCGAAUUUGCGUU